CAAAGCUAAAUUCUCUCAAGAAACAAAGUAAAGAAAGAAAAAAAAAACAUAUUCUCCUCAGAGUAGAUUCUCAACUUCUCUACAUGAAUCUAAACUGAGAAUACAAAUUGGUCUCUUCUUCUCAUAGAGAUCAAACCUUCUCUGUUAGUUUUUGUUUGCUUGUUCGGUUCUUCUCCUCACAAAUAUGGAUUCUUUUACCACUCAGAAAACUAAACCAAGAAAGACAAAGAGGCUUGCCAAAAAGUCUCGUGUUCAGAUAAUCUUGGAUAUCGUUUCUCGGGCGAUCGAGACAAUUGUUGUUCUGGUUACGGUUUCUAAGCUCUGCUACCAGCUCGUUGUGACGUUUCAUGAUUCUGGUGUCGCUGCGGUUAUUCUCGCAAACCGUAAUCUCGCGUUUCUUGUAGGAAACGCGAUAGUCAUCACUCUAAUCGCGAAUUCCGGCCUUCUCUGGAAUCAAGAAGCUGUUUCGAAGUACAAAAGCAACGAUCUUUACGUGGAGUUUGUUCGGGAGAGCUCAAGGAGAGAAGGAGUUCCACGGUCCGCGAUGAGAAACAGAGCAAAACAGAGCGAAGCAGAGAACGAGGCUAAACAGAGCAUAACCGAAACCAGACCAAAACAGAGUGAAGCAGAGGAAGAAACACAGAACAUAACUGAGAACGUAGCAAAACAGAGCAUUUCUGAGAAGAGAGUGAAAAGAGGCAUAACAAAACAGAGCACUUCAGUGAAGAAGAUGGAGAAACAAAGCAUAGUUGAGCCUCAGGAGACAACUGUGAAGAAUAUGGAGAAACAGAGUUUGUCUGAGGAGAGGCAGCAAAUUCAAAGUUACCAACGAAGCAAGUCAGAGAAUAUGGAGGGUUUAAAGAAGAGUUAUUGUGGAAGAUUAAGGAGAUCGGAGACGGAUGCGUCUUCUGAAAGAAUUGAUUCUGACGACGAACUCCGAUUCAAGAUCGAGUCUUUCAUUGCCAAGCAGAGGAGAAAUCAGAAUGAUGAUUAGUUUUGUGUCUAUUUAGAUUUUUAAAACUGCAACCAAAUAACGAUAGUUUUUUGCAAAUACCCUUCACGUUAAAUUAUCAUGUUACGUUGCGGAUUAGCUUUGUGUUACCUUUGGAAAACUAAACAGAGUAUUUUUUUUUUCAACUA